UUAGUAUGAGAAAUCGCGACUCGUUAUUCGAAACUGUUGUGUGCUGCUUAACCUCUACGGAGCUCAUGGAUUCUCUCAAGAGUUAAGAGUUAAGAGUGAGAGAUUGGACAAAUAUGAAUCAAAUGCUCCUUUACAAUCUGAUUUCACGUUCGUGCCAAAGGGUUGUCAUUCGCGCUAGCAGUGGACUCUCUUCAACACACAGGCCCCUUGAAGAGGUUGAAGGUUCCUCAUCCGGAAUUAUUACUGAAGGGACAAUAAAGCAUCUUGAGAGGCUUUCCCUGGUCGAUUUUGGUAACAAGAGAGGACUAUCAAGGCUUGAAGAAGCUAUCAAGUUUGCUGAUCAGUUGGAUGCUGUUGAUACUACAGGAGUUGAACCCUUAGUCUCUGUCCUGGAAAAUGAGGUGCUCUUUUUGAGAGAAGAUGUAGUCACUGAAACCCCCAGUGCAAGUGUCCUUCUAUCGACAGCAUCUCAGACGGAGGAAGGCUAUUAUGUUGCUCCUCCAGGAAACAUACCCUUAGUUAGCGGUGAUCUGAAUGAACUUAAAUGAGUUCUGAAUAAUUUUAUAUUUGCAUAAAAUGUUAACAACAUAAUGUCUCUGAAAAAAAUUUUACAUCUGUGUGAAAAACAUGGAUUUGUGAAACCCCUUUGGCAUGGCUCAGA